AUGUCUGCGCAGACCAUCACGUUCCAGCAGCACUCGACCGAGCCAUCCCGGGUGAUUCGCGUGCAUCACCAUGAGUCUGUAGGGGACCGUCCACUUCCCCCCGACAGUGUUCUGCUGCGCCUUCUCGCAGCUCCGAUCAACCCGCAAGACCUGCUGGUCAUUGCCGGACGGUACCCCGUACAGCCACACUACAAGUACGCCGACGAGCCCAUCCCAGGCUACGAUGGCGUCGCGCGCGUGGAGCGCAUCGGAGCCAACGUGACGACUCUUCAGCCGGGCGAUCAUGUCAUCCCUCGCAGCCACGGACUAGGCACCUGGCGGUCGGAAGCGGUAGUGCCAGCGACGUCCGUGCUGAAGGUGUCGAAUCGCCUGGACCCCACCACCGCCGGACUGCUCAAGAUGGGCUGUUCGACCGCCUACCUCCUGCUGGAAAGCAGCAACGCGCUCCAACCGGGGGACCUGGUCGCGAUCAACGCGGCGAGCGGCUGGAUCGCACGGAUGGUGGUGCAGUUCGCGCGCCUCCGCGGCUGCGGCAGCAUCUGCAUCAUCCGCGACCGUGACGACGUUGAGACGACGCGGCAGUCCCUUCUCUCCCACGGCGCCCAUGUGGUGCUCACCGAGUCGCAGCUGGCGCAGGAGGGCGUGGCCGCUGCGCAAACAGGCGGCCGGCGGGUCAUGCUGGCCCUAGACGCCGUGUUCGGUGCCUCGGGGCAGCGGCUGGCGUCGCUGCUCUCCACAGGCGGGACAUAUAUCAACUACGGGUCGCUGGGAGGCGCCGCCGGGCAGAUUAUCCUGACGCAGGAGCUGCUCUUCUGGAAGCAAAUCACGUUUCGCAACUUCCGGCUGUCGCAGGCCCUGGCCCGGUACCCGGAGGAGGCGCAGAUCCAGCUCCUGGCGUGGUUUGGGGAGCUCUUUGAGCAGGGACAGCUGGUGGCGCCGCCGGUGAACAAGAUUGAGUGGAAAGGAGACGGUGCGUUGGAGGAACGAGUCCGGCAGGCUCUAUCUCAGAUCUCAGGGGGUUCUGCAGGAGUGGUGGGAAACCUCAAGCCCGUUUUUCAAUUUGAAUCUUGA